AUGAGGUUUGGGCGAAAGGUGGUUCUCAGAUGUUGUUUGCUCCUGCUGGCCAUCUCAGGGACCUGUGCAGCCUUUGCGCCCACCUUCCUCGUUUACUGCUUACUACGCUUCUUGUCAGGCUGUUCUUCCGUGGCCAUCAUGAUGAAUAGCAGUAUGCUUAUUGUAGAGUGGACAAGGUCUCACUCUAAAGCCAUGGUAAUAACACUGGUAUGCUGUGCCUUUAGUUUGGGACAGAUAAUCCUGGGAGGCCUGGCUUUUGUCUUUCGAGAGUGGUGUACCCUGCAGCUGGUGGUGUCUGUACCUUUCUUUGUCUUGUUUCUCUCCUCAAUGUGGCUGACAGAGUUGGCUCGGAGGCUGAUUGUCACCAAUAAACCAGAUGAGGGCUUAAAGGAACUUAGAAAUGCUGCACACACAAAUGGAAGGAAGAAUGCUGAAGAAACCCUGAACAUGGAGGUUUUGAGAUCCACCAUGCAGGAGGAGCUGGAGGCAACACAGAACAAAACUACUAUGUAUGACUUGUUCCUCACACCCAACCUGCGUAAAAGGAUCUGUCUCCUGCUCUUUUUGAGAUUUGCAAACACAUUACCCUUUUAUGGCAUCUUUAUCAAUCUACAGCACUUUGGUAGCAAUAUUUUCCUGUUCCAGGUAGUCUUUGGAGCUUUCACUACCUCAUCCCGAUGUCUUGCACUUUUAGCACUGAAUCAUAUGGGUCAUCGAGUAGCCCACAUGCUUUUCAUGUUCCUGGUGGGAUUUUCCAUUUUGGCGAACAUGUUUGUGCCCCAAGAAAUGCAGACCCUGCGUGUGGUUUUAGCAAGCGUGGGAAUCUGCUCUUCUGCUGCCCCCACCAUCAGUACUGCUGCCCACAUGGUUGAACUCAUCCCCACUGUCCUCAGGGCAAGAUCUUCAGGCUUAGAUAUAGUGGCUGGUAGGAUUGGGGCAGCACUGGCUCCCCUCUUGAUGAUCCUCAUAGUAUAUCUUCCCACUUUGCCUUGGGUCGUCUAUGGAGCUUUUCCCAUCAUUAGUGGUCUUGUUGUCUUCUUUCUACGUGAAACCAGGAACCAGCCUCUUCUUGACACCAUUCAGGAUGUGGAAAAAGGGUGAGUAAACCUUCUGGCCAUCUUUUGGGAGGAGUUUUGUAGUUUUAGUGAUGAAGAGAUGAAAAUUAGCUCUGCUGUGAUGGCACAUAUGACCUGCCCUCAUGAAAGACACACAAUCAUGAUGAUAUUCCACGAUUCUCAGAUCAUAAGAGCCUCAGGUAUGAAGGGAAAAGAAAUGAGAUAGCCAGUGAAGGAAUAAUGUUAGGAAGAUCACACAGAGUUAAAGACUCUCUUUAAAAAGAUAAUAAAAGAAAUAAAUCCUGUUUAGGUGACUGUGAGAUUCAGGUAAUUUUGCUGCCACUGGUAAUGGAAAGAUUGAUGAUAAAGAAAAUAAGAAACUAAUAAAAGGUAUUUUUAAA